AUGUCACAAGAUCAUUAUAUGGAAGAUGAUGAUCCAUACUCAUAUAUAUCAAAUCAAAUACAACCAGAAGAUUGUUGGGCUGUGAUAAAUUCUUUCUUUUCAGAGAAAGGUUUGGUUUCUCAACAAUUAUCUUCAUUUGAUGAAUUUAUAGAAUCAACUAUACAAGAAUUAGUUUGGGAAGAUUCUCAUUUAAUUUUAGAUCAACCUGCUCAACAUACAAGUGAUAAUGAUAAUAUGAAUAAAAGAUAUGAAAUUACUUUUGGUAAAAUUUAUAUUUCAAAACCUUCUCAAACUGAAGGAGAUGGUACAACUCAUCCAAUGUAUCCACAAGAAGCAAGAUUAAGAAAUUUAACUUAUUCAUCACCUUUAUAUGUUGAUAUGACUAAAAAAGUAUUUCAAUCAAAUGAUAAUAAUAAAAAUGAUAAUAAUGAAUUAGAUUGGGAAGAAAUUACUUUAGAUGGUGUACAAGAAAAAGAAACAAAAGUAUUCCUUGGGAAAGUUCCAAUGAUGUUAAGAUCAAAAUUUUGUAUGUUGAAAGAAUUAACUGAACAAAGUAUGUACGAAUUAAAAGAAUGUCCAUUUGAUAUGGGUGGUUAUUUCGUUAUAAAUGGGAGUGAAAAAGUUUUAAUUGCACAAGAAAGAUCAGCUGCAAAUAUAGUUCAAGUGUUCAAAAAAGCUGCUCCUUCACCAAUAUCUCAUGUUGCAGAAAUAAGAUCUGCUAUUGAAAAAGGUUCAAGACUUAUAUCAUCUAUGCAAAUUAAAUUAUACGGUAGAGAUGAAAAAGGUGUAAGUGGAAGAACUAUAAAAGCAACAUUACCUUAUAUAAAAGAAGAUAUACCUAUUGUUAUAGUAUUUAGAGCUUUAGGUGUUGUUCCAGAUGGUGAUAUAUUGGAACAUAUAUGUUAUGAUGAUAGAGAUUGGCAAAUGAUGGAAAUGUUAAAACCAUGUGUUGAAGAAGGAUUUGUGAUACAAGAUAGAGAAGUUGCAUUAGAUUUCAUUGGUAGAAGAGGUGUUUUGGGGAUAAGAAGAGAAAAACGUAUACAUUAUGCAAAAGACAUUUUACAAAAAGAACUAUUACCAAAUAUAACACAAGAAGAGGGGUUUGAGACUAAAAAAGCAUUUUUCCUUGGGUACAUGGUUAAUAGAUUAUUACUUUGUGCAUUGGAAAGAAAAGAACCUGAUGAUAGAGAUCAUUUUGGUAAAAAAAGAUUAGAUUUAGCUGGUCCUUUAUUAGCCAAUUUAUUCAGAAUAUUAUUUAAAAAAUUAACUAAAGACAUUUAUAAUUAUAUGCAAAGAUGUGUUGAAAAUGACAAAGAAUUCAAUUUAACAUUAGCAGUCAAAUCUCAAACUAUAACUGAUGGGUUAAGAUAUUCAUUAGCUACUGGUAAUUGGGGUGAACAAAAGAAAGCAAUGAGCUCAAGAGCUGGGGUUUCACAAGUUUUAAAUAGAUAUACUUAUUCAUCAGCAUUAUCACAUUUAAGAAGAACAAAUACACCAAUUGGUAGAGAUGGUAAAAUUGCAAAACCAAGACAAUUACAUAAUACUCAUUGGGGGUUAGUAUGUCCAGCCGAAACUCCUGAAGGUCAAGCGUGUGGUUUAGUUAAAAAUUUGUCAUUAAUGUCAUGUAUAUCUGUUGGUACACAAUCAGAACCGAUUGUAUCAUUUUUACAAGAUUAUGGUUUGGAGACAUUGGAAAAUGUAAGUCCAAAGGAUUUAAGAGAUGAUAUAAAUAAUCCGGAAAAUGAAAUAACUAAAAUAUUUAUUAAUGGUGUUUGGGUUGGUAUUUCAAGAGAAGCUCAACAAUUGGAUGGUUAUAUGAGAGAAUUGAGAAGAACUUCAGAAUUUUCACCAGAAGUUUCAUUAAUUAGAGAUAUAAGAGAUAAAGAAUUGAGGAUUUUUACUGAUGCUGGUAGAGUUUAUCGUCCAUUAUUUAUUGUUAAUAAUGAUCCAACUUCUCCAAAUCAUGGUGAAUUAGUAUUGACAAAAGACAAAGUACAAGAUUUAAUAAAUUCAACCAAUGAUGGUCUUGAUGAUGAAGAAAGAUUACAUUAUGGUUGGACACAAUUAGUUAAAGAUGGUAUAAUAGAAUAUGUUGAUGCAGAAGAAGAAGAAACUUUAAUGAUUGCAAUGACACCUGAUGAUUUAAUAAAAACUAAUAUGUCGGAAACUCAACAACAAGAUUUACAAUUACAAGAACAAGAAUUAGAUCCAGCUAAAAGAAUUAAACCAACUACAUCUUCAAAAACUCAUACAUUUACACAUUGUGAAAUUCAUCCAUCAAUGAUUUUAGGUGUUGCUGCAUCUAUUAUUCCAUUCCCAGAUCAUAAUCAAUCUCCACGUAAUACAUAUCAAUCAGCGAUGGGUAAACAAGCUAUGGGUGUUUUCCUUACAAAUUAUUCAGUUAGAAUGGAUACAAUGGCAAAUAUUUUAUACUAUCCACAAAAACCGUUAGGUACAACAAGAGCUAUGGAAUAUCUUAAAUUUAGAGAAUUACCUGCUGGUCAAAACGCUAUUGUUGCAAUUGCAUGUUAUUCAGGUUAUAAUCAAGAAGAUUCAAUGAUUAUGAAUCAAUCAUCAAUAGAUCGUGGUUUAUUUAGAUCAUUAUUUUUUAGAUCUUAUAUGGAUUUAGAAAAAAGACAAGGUAUGAAAGCAUUAGAAACAUUUGAAAAACCAUCAAGAUCAGACACAUUAAGGUUGAAGCACGGUACAUAUGAAAAAUUAGAUGAUGAUGGUUUAAUAGCUCCUGGAGUAAGAGUUUCUGGUGAAGAUAUUAUAAUAGGUAAAACAACUCCAAUACCUCCAGAUACUGAAGAAUUAGGUCAAAGAACUCAAUAUCAUACAAAAAGAGAUGCUUCAACUCCUUUAAGAUCAACUGAAUCAGGUAUUGUAGAUCAAGUUUUAUUAACUACAAAUGGUGAUGGUGCUAAAUUUGUUAAAGUUAGAAUGAGAACAACAAAAGUACCACAAAUUGGUGAUAAAUUUGCUUCAAGACAUGGUCAAAAAGGUACAAUUGGGGUUACUUAUAGACAUGAAGAUAUGCCAUUCACAUCUGAAGGUAUAGUACCUGAUUUAAUUAUAAAUCCUCAUGCUAUUCCAUCUCGUAUGACAGUUGCACAUUUAAUUGAAUGUUUAUUGAGUAAAGUUUCAAGUUUAUCAGGUUUAGAAGGUGAUGCAUCUCCGUUUACUGAUGUUACAGCUGAACAAAUUUCUAAAUUAUUAAGAGAACAUGGUUAUCAAUCAAGAGGUUUUGAAGUUAUGUAUAAUGGUCAUACAGGUAAAAAAUUAAUGGCACAAAUUUUCUUUGGUCCAACGUAUUAUCAAAGAUUAAGACAUAUGGUUGAUGAUAAAAUUCAUGCAAGGGCAAGAGGUCCUGUUCAAGUAUUGACUAGACAACCAGUUGAAGGUAGAUCAAGAGAUGGUGGGUUGAGAUUUGGUGAAAUGGAAAGAGAUUGUAUGAUUGCUCAUGGUGCUGCUGGUUUCUUGAAGGAAAGAUUGAUGGAAGCAUCAGAUGCUUUCAAAGUACAUAUCUGUGGUAUGUGUGGUUUAAUGUCUGUUAUUGCAAAUCUUAAAAAGAAUCAAUUCGAAUGUCGUUCAUGUAAAAAUAAAACAAACAUUUACCAAAUUCAUAUACCUUAUGCUGCAAAAUUAUUAUUCCAAGAAUUAAUGGCAAUGAAUAUUGCUCCAAGAUUAUAUACAGAACGUUCUGGUGUAAGUAUACGUGUAUAG